AUGUCGUAUUUGUCCACAGGUACUCUCGCACUUCUUCUAAAUGAAGCCAAGAAAACAUUUGUUGAAACAGAUGUCUACAGACAGGUGAAGCGUAAACUUGAAACGUUUGGUUACGUGACAAUCUGUGGUGCCUCGGGAGAAGGGAAGACCACAAUGGCUCUGAUAUUGAGUUCACAGUACAGAAACCGAGGUUACCAGGUCGUGUUUGUGGAAAGCAUUGACAAGUUUGAUUUGGACAGCUGCCUCAGUUCUACUCCAAGAGUGCUUCUCAUCAUCGAUGACAUGUUUGGUACUGAACAAGCAGUGAUGAAUAUAACCUUACACAGUCUUUCCGCAGCAGAGGAACAGGAAAUAUACGAGAGACAUAAGAACAUACGAGAUGACUGUUCCAAAGCAAAGACAGGAUCAGAGGAGUGUUUCAAACAGCUGGUAUCGAUAUCAAAUAUGGAUGUUCAGGACAUAAAGGGAAACAUGGCUUUGGUUGAACAUCUGAUUUCAGAUUCUAAUAUCAACCUCAGAGGCUUUUGUGGAAGGACACCAAUCAUGGCUGCAGCUUCCAAUGGACGCAAAGACGUGUUUGACUUCCUCGAAUCAAAGGGGGCAGAGACCAAUCUGCUUGAUACAUUUGGUGAUAGUGUACUUCACCUUGCCUGUCGGGGAGGAAACAUGGCUUUGGUUGAACAUCUGUUUUCAGAUUCUAAUAUCAACCUCAAAGGCGGUAAUGGAAGGACACCAAUCAUGGCUGCAGCUCUCAAAGGACACAAGAGUGUGUUUGACUUCCUGGAAUCAAAGGGGGCAGAGACCACUCUGCUUGAUACAUUUGGUGAUAGUGUACUUCACCUUGCCUGUCAGGGAGGCAGCAUGGCUUUGGUUGAACAUUUGUUUUCAGAUUCUAAUAUCAACCUCAAAGGCAAACUGGGAAUGACACCAAUCAUGGCUGCAGCUUUCAAUGGACAUAAAAGUGUGAUUGACUUCCUGGAAUCAAAGGGGGCAGAGACCACUCUGCUUGAUACAUUUGGUUAUAGUGUACUUCACUUUGCUUGUCAGGGAGGAAACAUGGCUUUGGUUGAACAUCUGCUUUCAGAUUCUAAUAUCAACCUCAAAGGCGGUAAUGGAAGGACACCAAUCAUGGUUGCAGCUUUUAAAGGACACAAGAGUGUGUUUGACCUCCUGGAAUCAAAGGGGGCAGAGACCACUCUGCUUGAUACAUUUGGUGAUAGUAAUUCAGGACAGAUGCACAAGAAAAACGCCAAAAGUGUUUGA